AUGGCUCAGAAUUUCUCACCAGAAGAUCUUGCAGCAUUGAUAUCAAGUGCUUUCCCAACGACGAAGCCCAGUGCUUCGGAAGCGAAAUAUGCACCCGCUGAGGCUACACAAGAUCAUCUCCAAAAACUAGAAGCUAGAAUAAAAGGUAUAGAACAUAUGUUGAGUAACAUACUUGAACAUAUAAGUCUCUCAGCCGAAGAUGCUCAAGCUGGAAAUUCUCAGGAGACAUCAAGGAAGAAUAAAUACACAAUCUCAGACUCGACAGUUGCCGCUGAAGUCAAGCCAUCAGGUCCCUACAAAUACACACCACUCGAUGCUUCCAAAUCGCAGCUCCGCAUAUUGCGCCUUCAUCGCGCAGAGGAACUCACUGAUCCUCUGACCGCCAAUCUGGAAACCGUCGGUCUGGAUGAUAACACAAUCAAAGCUCUGAUGUACGGUUUCUCUGCACUGUCUUAUACAUGGGGGCCUCCUGUUUUCGAUGGCCUCAUACUCGUAGACGGACAUGAAUUCCCUAUCACCCGGAGUUUGGAAAAGGCACUGAGACGAUUAAGGUAUGAGUACAAGGAUAAUGCUGCUCUUGAGAUUAACGGGCGGUUAUGGGGGAAGGAAUGUUGGAUUUGGGUCGAUCAGAUUUGUAUUAAUCAAGCUGAUAUUGAUGAACGAGGAAGUCAAGUUGGUCUGAUGCGACGAAUCUAUAAGAAAGCCACUUCGGUACAUGUUUGGCUUGGUGAGGAGGAAGAUGAUAGUUCUAUGGCUAUUGAUCUUCUUAAUAUCCUAGGUGCACCGCCUAAAAAUGCACCUGGAGAAAAGACAAUUGAGUAUCCAACUUUCACUGAGGAUACAGUCGUUCGACAUUGGAAUGCAUUACGAGCACUAUUCAAACGACCAUGGUGGGAACGUGUCUGGGUACGACAAGAAGUUGCGCUUCCUCUGAUGGUAAAGAUGUGGUGUGGAAGUAAGAGCUUCGACUUGAACAGUCUUGCUCCAGCACUUUUUAUGUUGAAACAUAUAUCCUCACUCGGCUACGCGAGCACGAUUUCUCAUUCAGACGACGAGACUUUUGUGUCCUUACCAUGGGAUUUCCAUGCUGGGACAAUAGCAAAAAUGCGACAGAUGACACGAAAUGGAUCUCUCUGGGUCGGUGCCGCGCAAUUGCUACGAAUGACCAGAGCUGCCAAAGCAACUGAUUCCCGAGACACGGUAUUCUCGAUCCUAGGGAUGGCGAACCCAGAAGUCUAUUCCAUAGUCCCCGACUACCGACAAGAAUACAAACAAAUCCUCCUCCUCGCAACCCAAGCAGCCAUCAAAUUGGAGUACGGACUCGAGAUCCUAGGCGCCUGCCAAAACCCCGAACGCAAAGACGGACUUCCAUCCUGGAUUCCCUCCCUCCAAGAAAAAUGGAAAGCAAUACCGUUUCAAACAACCGGAUUGCAUGAAAUGCGAUUUAUCUCCCGCCUGACCACCACCGAACUCCCCCACGUCCACGUAAAAGACGAGAUGCUCGCCCUUCAAGGCGGUCUCAUCGACACCAUAUCCAGCAUCUGCCCCUUCUACGUCCACAACACAGCCUCCGCAUCGAGCCUCGAGUCCGUCUUUCAAUCCUGGAAAGCAUUCGCCCACUCCGCGGCCUCACGCGCCCACCUCAGCCUCGUAAACUUUGAAACUUUAAUCGAAGGCACCACCGCCUCGCAAAAGGCAUACUACGAAGUGCAGCGCCAAACCUCGCAAAAAGACUACGACGUCUGGCUCGUCGAGUGCCAAAACACCGUCACGCAGAAUUGGAUCCAGUUCAUGACUGUGAUGUUGGAUAAAGCACAGGAUUUGCAGCCGGGUUACCAGGCUUCGAGGGUUAAGGUUCAUGAAGAUGGACCAGAUGCAUAUUUAUUCGAUUCCGCGAUAAAUCCAUUUGGACAUCUUGGGUUGAAUCCUAGAUUGACACGUUCAUAUCUCCUACCACCGUCACAUGCGAUGGCGACACCACAUCCUAAUCAUCGGGUCCAUGCAGGGUUGAAAAUGUAUGGUGUAGGUCGUAGAUUUUGUCUCACCCAGCGCGGGUAUCUGGCUUUGAUACCAGCGGAGGUGCGCGUGGGAGAUGGGAUUGCGUUAUUUAAGGGGGCGACGUUUCCGUAUGUGCUGAGGAGAGAGGGACAGGCUAAUGUGCUUGUUGGAGAAGCUUUUGUGUAUGGGUUUUCGGGAGAGGCGUGGGACAGGAGUGUCGAGGUGACGGCAAGAGAGGAGUGGGGCGUUGGGUUGGAUGGGUGGAUUUGGAUUUUUUAA